AUGGGGAAGAAACACAAGAAACAUAAACCGGAGUGGAGAACAGUCGAUGACUACGAGGACAAGGCAUUGGAGAAGCCACUGAAGCUAGUGCUCAAAGUAGGAGGCAGCGAGGUGACAGAACUCUCAGGUUCAGGCCAUGACUCCAGCUACUAUGACGACAGAUCAGACCACGAGCGCCACAAAGAGAAAAAGAAGAAGAAGAAGAAAAAAUCAGAAAAGGAUAAGGACAAAUAUGUGGACGACGAAGAGAGAAAACGACGAAAGGAGGAAAAGAGGAAGAAGAGAGAGCGCGAGCAGACUGAAUCUGAGGCAGGUGCAACAAACGUGGUCAGCACUGGGGCGCCUGUCGAACCUUUCACAAUAUCCAAAACAAGUAUCAAGAUGGAGCCAGAAGAGAAGAAAAGGAAGAAGGAAAAGUUGGACAGCGGGGCUAAAUUUGAAGAAUUUCACCCUGGUGUGAAAGUUGAAGUAGAGCACCAAGGGGAAAGGCCAGUGCGAGCAUGUCGGACACAGCAUGAGAAUGAAUCCACUCCUCGGCAACUAUUACUCGAGCAUUUCCUGCGACAGCUACAGAGAAAAGAUGCCCAUGGUUUCUUUGCCUUCCCAGUAACAGACGCAAUUGCUCCCAAUUACUCAAUGAUCAUCAAGCAUCCGAUGGACUUCAGCACCAUGAAGGACAAGAUUACAAACAACGAGUACAACACAGUGACAGAAUUCAAGGCGGAUUUCAAACUGAUGUGCGACAAUGCCAUGGUUUACAACCGUCCAGAGACAGUCUAUUAUAAGGAAGCCAAGAAACUUCUUCAUACUGGUUUUAAGAUGAUGAGCAAGGAUCGACUGUUGGUUUUAAAGCGCAGCAUGUCUUUCAUGCAAGACAUGGCAGCCAUUUUGGGAGAUGAUGAACUAGAAGCUGAUAUACCUACAACGGAGACGACUCCUAUGCCGGUAGAAUCUGCCAAAAAGUCCAAAAAACUACCAGUGAAAGACAUGACCUACCUGUUUGAGUUAGAGGGUAAUGCCUGCAGCCUGACAGACAGCACAGCAGAGGAACACGUUCUUGCCCUGGUGGAACAUUCGGCAGAUGAAGCCAGAGAUCGCAUCAACAGAUACAUGCCAAACUCAAAGAUAGGCUACUUGCAAAAGGAGUCCGACACAUCUCUUGUGUACACUGUUGUCAAUCAGGUCGAUCCCGAUGCAGAAGAAGAGGAAACUCACAAAGUGGACUUGAGUUCAUUGUCAAACAAGCUUCUUCCAGGAUUAACAACACUGGGGUUUAAAGACGACAGGAGACACAAAGUGACUUUUCUCAGCAGUGCCUAUAAUAUUCAGAGCCUUCAGAAGAACUCCGUCUAUCCAGACUUAGUACCUGAAGAGUCAGAAUUGCUGUGUUCAGCGUAUGGAGAUGAAACGGGGGUACAAUGUGCUCUGAGCAUUCUCGACUUUGUGAAGGGCUGUGGAAGUGUCACUAGGCAUUGGGUCGAUGGACUUCUGGACAAGAUGACAGCAGGCGAUCACACGAAAGCUUCCAAUCAGAUACGUCAGAAGAGAAACAUGCUGAAACCUGACGAAACCAAGACGGGUCUUUGUGACAUGCAGGGGGCAGAUGGCCAUGGUCUUGGAGAGAGCAGUUCAGUGUUGGACUUCAUGUCUCUAAAAAACUACCCCGAUAUUUCUCUUGAUAUAUCCAUGCUCAAUACACUAGGUAAAGGUGUGAAAAAGGAGCCAGGAAACGAGGAGGGCCAGCAGCAAUUUGAUGACGCUGACAAGCUACUACAGGAGUUUCAGGAAGCUCAGGUGGACAGAGUCGGCUCCAGGCCUUCGUCCAACCUGUCAUCCCUCUCCAACGCCUCCGAGAGAGAUCAGCACCACUUGGGGAGCCCGGCGCAGUCCGAAAUGGUUCAUGAUCCAUAUGAGUUCCUGCAGUCUCCAGAAUCCGAGAGCCCAGCCAACAACUGA